AACAAUAGAAUGUCGGCUGCACUGGAUUCAUCACCAGCGGCCGCACAAAAGUUUCUUGAAGCGCAAGCAAGAACGGUUAAAGAGAGAUGCCCUGAUAGGUCCCUUAGCGAUAUACGAUUGGACCUACUUUAUACUGGGGGAACACGGGCAACCCUUGAAAGAAUCUUGGAAGGCCGGGUGAGAGGGAAUCUCCUUGGUUGAGAUUGGUUGAUUGACUGACUGACGGGGGCAGUUUUUAUGUGGGACUGCUCGAGAUCCGCGGCGACCUAGCGUAUUGCGUCGAGCGGCCGGUACGAACAAAGGGGCUAGCAAUGGAAUUCCUAUAAUAGAUCUAUCCGAAGACACUCCCGUCAAACUUCCAUUGAGCCCCGCCACCGCAAAGCGAAAUCUAGCCAAAGCCUACAAGGGAAAGGGAAAGGAAAUAGCAAAGUAAGUUGUCUGUUCCACGUCAUAGCGAACCUUCUUACCGACCAGUUCAUUGAGAGCGGUUUCAAAGUCUCCGCUUUUUAGAAGUUCGGCGCCGGAGGGCGAUCUUGAACUAUUACCCGAUAAUGUGCCCUCCCCAUAUAGGGCUCUCCCGCCCUUGAGAGAUCGCACUCCUGAGUUUGGGGGAUCGCCGCUCUUGCCGCUUUCAUCAACGGCGUUUUCCACGCAAUCUACACCGUUUUCAAGUGGACACCCUAAUCCCUACGCUACAUCGCCUCUGCAAAGACCCAUUUCUCCGACACCGAUGCCGGUAACGCUUCUUAGCUCAGCAAUGGCUCAAGUCCUACACAGAGGAGCAGCUUAUUCUGCGUCUCCGACGCCUAGAAAGCGAGCGGCCCCCGAGAGUGAUGGAUCGGAUAUAGAGGUCAUUGAGCCACCUCUGUCAAAGUUUCCUCCCUUAUCAAAGCGAUCCUGGUCUGGUGCAUCUAUGCUGGACUCAGAUUCUGGCUCUGUACUGAACUCCCUCCCCAGUGCGCCCGGGCGGCCUCUGGAUCGGGGGGGUAAGUCUGGUGACAGCAUCCUUGAUCUUGUCUCCGAAUCUGGUUCCGAGAAUUCCAGUUCUGGAGACGGCCCUGGGACAUAUAUCUCAAAGAGUUACAGCGAAGAACUUCAAGAACUCCUAAGGACGGAACCGGAAAAGAGAGGGAAACGCAAAUCUGCAGCAGCAGUGGCCACAGAAGGCGUGUCACCAAAACGCCGGCGGAAAGUCAGCGCUGAAGUAGUAGAUGAGGACAUCCCCACGAAACCCACAAAAAUAUCAACCCGCAUAACAGGCGAGGAAAGAGCCCGCCGGGCGGCGGAAAGGGAAGAAGCCCGCCAAGCCAAAAAACGCGAAAAGGAAGCCAAAGACGCAGAAAAGGAGCUCCAGAAAGCAGCCAGAAAGCAAGAAAAGGAAGCGAAGGAGCUAGAAAAGAAACGAGAGCAAGACUUCUUAUCCGCCAACAAACUCCGUAGCUCAAAGAGGGACUCCGUACCAGAGAUGGUCGCCGACAUCUCCAUGUUCCUGGCGGACACACCCACCGGCGAGCAGUUACAGCGCUUCUUACUGGAACUCGGGUGUAAAGUAAACCCGACCUGGGUGCCGCCACUCCCCGGUAACUUGAAACUGGUGAAGUGGCGGCGAAGGGUGAAAGCCGAUUUCGACGAAGGCCUGGGGAUGUUUGUUCCGCUGGAGAGCGAGCAGAUCCGGCAUGAGAGCCACAUACUUGUCUACCUGACCGCAAAAGAAUUCACGGACACAGCCCUCCCCCUAACGGCCAGUAGGUUACCAGCACACGUCCAGAAAAUGAAAUCUGCCCUCCCAACUCCUCCGAUGCAGAAGCCUACUAGGUUAAUAUAUCUGAUCGAAGGCCUGCAAGCGCUCAUCCGGAAACAUAGAAACCUGCAAAAUCGUGCAUACCAAACCCGAGUUCUCAGUCAUCUCCCCAGCGCCCCGAAUAUCCCCGGUGCUUCCACAGCCCUGGGCACGGACGAUGAUACACUAAUUAAUGAAGAUGAUGUCGAGGACGCCUUGCUAGACUUACAAAUCACACACAACUGUCUAAUUCACCACACAUCCUCACCCGUGGAAACCGCAGAAUGGAUAACUAUCUUUACGGGUGACAUCUCCACAAUUCCAUACAGGUGCCCCCCCCUCCCACAGCUACCAUAGUAGGGGAGGAGCUAACACAAAGUAGACAUAGUAGAGCCCACCUUGACACCUCCUUCUGCGCCGAAGUUGGGCAGGUAAAGCCCGGCCUUGGUAAGCGUGACACCUACCGAAAAAUGCUACAGGAGAUCACGCGAAUCACGCCGGGCAUUUCCGCAGCGAUCGCAAAGGAGUAUCCCGACGUGCGCAGGCUGGUUCAUGCGAUUGAGCAUGGAGGCGGAGAGGUUUUGGCAGGUAUUGAGGUAUGUCUGCUGCCACCAGAUGGCGGGGGAAAGGGGAGUGCUAAUUGGUGAGUAGAAUUCGAGUACUAGGAAUGGAUUGCAGAGUAGCAGGACUGUUGGCGCGGCUUGUAGUCGCAGGAUCGCAGGGGUGUUUUUGGGGAGGGAUCCCUUGGGGGUUGACGUUUAGCGGUUUUCCAUUUUGUUUUCGGGGUGCAUGUAGAUGGUGUUCUGGAGCUUGGGCUGGGGGUAAUUGGGGCUUUGAAUAUCGUACUUUUAAUGGUUCUUUUUCUUGCGUCUUUUUUAGAGUGUGGAUUUGCUAUGGCCUGGGCACAGCUCUUUCCUCCAUUGAAUAAUCUGUAUCCUCCCUGGCGUCGUGCAUGCCCGUCCUAGGGAUGUGCUCUAUACGUUUUGGAUUGCGCAUGUAUUCCUCCUACACACGAUGCUCACUAUACUUGUGCACGAAUUCGCAACCGCUCACUUCCUUCAAUAGGACAUAUCUUCCCGAUCAUUGCUUCCUCU